GCUUUGGAAACAGGAAUACAGCUCGGGGAAUCUGGAAUCCCACUGACGAUUGCAAUCCAGAAUCAAAGUUCCACUGACAAAGAAUGGGAUCCGGAAUCCACGGCGCGGAAUCGACAAUCCAAAACGGUUUUAGAUUCACUUAUAUGGGGCGACCAGUGACUACUUUAAACAACGAGGAAACCACUAGGACAAUCAGCAGCAAGUUGUAGGCGGAAAAGAGUAAACAGUGCUUUGUGUAGACCAGCAAUAUUGCGCAAAGACCAAAGAAAAUCGCUCAGAUUGAUUGUCCGUAUAGGCCCUUUGCAGCUAGCCAUUCACAUGGUACAAAACCGCCGUGCUGGAGAGCAAAAGUCGCACUGGGACAAGAAAAGCAAAGAAAGUUACCAUUUCAAAUUAUGUGUUUUUUGUUUGUCUUGUCCCAGUACGACUUUUGCUCUUCAGCAUGGCGGUUUUGUACUACGUGAAUGGCUAGCUGCAAAGGGCCAAUUAUAUGGAACUAUUACGAAGAGGUUAUAGAUAGACAGGCGCUUUCAAGGAGGGAGUCUGGUUAAAGGAUUGUUUUUCGUUUAUUUCCGCCCUUUUUCUUAAGAUUUCAUUGAAUCAAAACAUGGCACAAUUAGUUUGGAGUCCUUGAUUCAAUAAUUUUUGGAUGAUUUUUCGAAUGUUUUAAAUGUAGGAAAAUUAGGGAGGAGGGGAGGUAUAAAAAUUUUGGAAAUUUGAAAAUAUUGGAUUAGGGGUUUGUUAAAUAUUAAGAGGCAGUCUCCCUAAAAGCGGUCCACUCGAUUUCGCGACAAAAAAUACUUUUCCUUUAUUUUUUGUCGGUGAAGAGGUAUCUAAAUAAGCUGUUUUCUGUAUUUUGGAUGCAGUUACUAAAUGCCCAACAUGUCACUAAAAAAUGGCACACCUGGAGAAAUACUGGAACGUAUAGCUACGAUUUUUAUGCAAAGUGUAUAACCUCGUUUUGUUAAUUUCAUUAAGACAGUGGAACCUCGCCGUAAAGAAGGGCCGAGGGACCGGAAAAAUAUGUUCGCUAUAACGAGGUUAUACACUUUGCAUAAAAAUCGUAGCUAUACGUUCCAGUAUUUCUCCAGGUGUGCCAUUUUUUAGUGACAUGUUGGGCAUUUAGUAACUGCAUCCAAAAUGCAGAAAACAGCUUAUUUAGAUACAAACUUGCAUUGUUUAAUUACUAUAAGUGUACAAUAUUAGAAAGGCAACAAUGGUUCAGGUCAUAUUUUAUAGCUCAGGAAAAAUCCUGAGGGAAGGGGGUUUGUACACAGGCUAAUUUUUGACUACUGCAUAUUACUUUGAGGGGUGAAACUAAAAAAAGUCAGCGGUGGGAACUGUAUGGGAUAUGAAUCAAAAGUAUCCUGCUACUUAGCAAUUUCUAUGCAGUUGAACCACCUCUCUAUUCAAAGAAACAAAAUCACUUUACCAUUCAAAGCACUAUAGUUAUAAUCUAUCGUAAGCGACCACCAAAUCUUGGUAUGUGGGUUUGUCGUUUACUGUCGUCAGUCAAAAACCUUCACAUAAUGCGCCUUGUCUCGAGAAAGUCAAAAGAUUUUUUAUAGGUUAGUUUAUUAACCCUCGGACGUACACGCAAAGUCAUACUCCUACCGUGGUACAAGGUGGGGGGGUUAAUGGAACCUCCACCUUAAGUUUUUGAUAUGUUCCAGUAUUUCGAAACGAUUUUGCCUUCAGUGGAAAGCUGGAAAGCCUUUGAUCUUCUCUACAAGAUGAGGUAUAUUUUAUGCGUGGUGGCGCUGCUGGAAGUCUGUGACGUCACCAAACAUGGUCGCCAUCUUGGAUUCUUUCAAGAAUUAGAAAUCAGGUAAAAACGAUGAGAGUUAAUAAUUUUUUGCGCUUAACAUGUUCAAUAACAAAUAAAUUAUUAUUCUGCAUCAUUUCAUCCACAAACUUUACUUUUAUUCCUGAAAGAAGUUGAAAAAACAUUCAUUUUCACUCAGAAAUGACUUGACCACCUACUACUUGUGACGUCAUUUCUCGUAACCAUAGUAACUGACCAUUACUAAACUUGUCUCAAAAUGCGAGCAAGGGAUAAACGAACAACUACAGAAAACUUCAGGUGCUGAUGUUUUAUCGUCUAGGAAAAAAUCGGAAAAACCUUAGGGGGUGGCAACCACCCCCACCCCCGCUUGUACGUCCGAGGGUUUAGUUAAAUCGCACGCUUAGUUGCGGAUGUGUUAAUAUACGGGUAAAUCUAACAGCAAAACUGGACAAAUUGCGGGUACGUCACAUUCUUUUAACGACAAAAAAUUCCGAAUCCAGACUUAUGAAACUUGCUAUUCACUUGCAACAUUUAAGUUUUCCCAGAGUGUGGUAGCCUUUCUCAUCAACAGGACCGAAUGUUGUUGUAUCUCCAAACCUGAUCUGUUUGACCGGCAGUUGUGUCAUGUCUUGGUGGUGGUGAUGGUGACGGUAAUGGAGGUGACGAUGAUGAUGAAUGUUAAUGACAAUGGUGAUGAUGAUGAUAAGGACGAUUGUGAUGAUGAUAAUUAUAAUUAAAGACUGAUGAUGCAUGAAGAACGUUGACGUAUGUAAGUGAUGGUGAAUUUGUUGCUGAUGGUUGGUAUGGUAACGUCGAUGCUUAUUGUGACUAUGGCAGUGAUUUUGACGACGAUGAUAAGACCAUGAUUAUGGUGAUGGCGGUGACGACGAUGACUAUGAUAAUGGGGGCGGUAAUAAAGAUGAUAACGAUAUUAAGUUUAAAUGAUGACGAUUACGGCGACUGCAACGACGACGACGAUGAUGAUGAUGACGGCGACGACCAUAAUGAUAACGAUGAUGAUGAUGAUGAUGAUGAUGAUGAUGACGAGAAGAGAAGACUACGAUAG